UGCGCGGCUCUCCAGCCAGCGCCCUGGUGGGGAGAGGCUUGGGGCCCCAAUCUGUUUCCAGGCCCAGGAUGCUGGCCCCACCCCUGUUGCCCAGGCGACGAGGUCGCUUCCCUCCCGCGACUUCCGGGCGAAGUAGCUGGGGAGUGCUCCCGGCGGCGAAGACUUCGGAGGGAUGACCCAGACUGCAAGCACACCCGAGUCCGAGGUACAGGCAGCUUCCAAACCUCCUGGGUCUCAGCGAUCCCGGCCAAGGCCAAGGUCGGCCCGGAGGCGCCCAGAAAAAUGCUGAAUUCCAGGAGCAUGAAAAGAUUCUGUCUCCAGAUUUUCUUUCAACUGUUCAAAUCACUGAUUUACUAGCAGAGAAUGCAGAUGGAGUUCAAGAAAAGCUGAGAAUGUUUCUGAAUUUCAAAAAUCUUCAAACUUGUUUAAAAGAUUCCAUCCUGCUAGAUUACUAUGUGUCUGGAUUUUUGUGGGCCAAAGAAAUGGACUUUUCUAUAAUUCAGUGUUCAAAAUUUAUGACUUUACUGGAUAUGUUACUUCAUAAUCUUAAAACACUACAUAUGUCCUUAGAGGACAACAUAAAGUGGCUUGGGGAGGUGAUGGCUGAAAUCGGACCAACCCAGACUCAAAGAAUUGAUGAAUGGGACACCUUUAAUGUAAAGCAAGCCAACGCUAUCGUUGAUUACUUAAAAAUCAGCAUCUUUCAACACUACAAGCUAUACGAGUUUUUGUUCUACUCUGCCAGGGAAGAAAUUGCGAUAGGGACUGAGCAAGUAAUAGAGAUGGCCAACCCUGCAGGGGGCCCUUUUCCAAGUCCUCUGGAGGAAGGAAUCUCUUUUGAUAUUUACUCAAAAUUCAUUGAGCCACCUCCAAUGUUGGAUAAAGAAAUGCAGGGGUUGGAUCAAGCACAAGGCCAUGAGGAGUCCCAGCCAGAAUCUGACAUUUUGGAGAUGGAUCCUUUAGAUGGCUUCACCAUUGAGGAUAUAAAGUCUAUACUGGCUCAAGUUACAGAUGACAUUUUCACAGAUGUCCAGAACAAGAUAAACGAAAAGCUGCAAAUACAGGAAGAGGCCUUUAAUGCUCGAAUAGAAAAAUUGAAAAAAGCCUGAGGACUCGGUACAAGAAGAGAGAUGCUAAACUUCACAGAAACAAACAAAACUAGCUGGAAUAACAGAUUCUCUAGAGCAUUGGAUCGUCUUCAUUUCAUUGUGAAAAGAAAAACGAGCCCCACUUUUUAUUGUCAUAAGUAUUUUAAAAAGUAUUAGCCCAAUUUUGCCACCUCUGUACCGUAACAGCCUCUGAAUUUACUGUACCACAGUAAUGAAAAUAUUUGUAUACAGGAGCUUGGAGAAUUACAUAUAAAAAUGCAAUUAUUUUUAUGAUAGUUCUUUGACGUUUUUACUAAUAAAGAUUACAUCUUCACUGAGAA